CGCAGCGGCGCAGGCGCGGCGGUGGCCGCGGGAUCCCAGCAGGCUCGGGGCGGCGGGACGCGGUGCGGGCCCAGCAUGUCGGAGAAGAAGCAGCCGGUGGACCUGGGGCUCCUCGAGGAGGACGACGAGUUUGAGGAGUUCCCGGCUGAAGAUUGGACUGGUUUAGAUGAAGAUGAAGAUGCACAUGUGUGGGAAGACAACUGGGAUGAUGACAAUGUAGAAGAUGAUUUCUCCAAUCAAUUAAGAGCUGAAUUAGAAAAACAUGGAUACAAGAUGGAAACAUCAUAGUUUUUGGAGAAUAUGGAGUGGUUUAACACUGAACUGUGGAUAGACUUUAUUGAGAAAAGAAGAAAAGAUGGAAAAUGAGAAGACAGCUUAGUUCAUUGUCUGCUUGGAUUUAUUAUUGUUUUGUAUAAAAAAUAAAGUUUUUAAUCUUAGCCUAGUCAUA